AUGUCUAAGAAAAACACGAUGGAAAAAUAUUUCUCCAAGUUGCCGAGCUCUUUCGCAACCCAAUUAUCUUCGAAUCCAGAUAUAGCUAGUGCUCCGAAAGAACAGUGUGAUACCGAACCAGUUGAAAAAUCCACUCCUAAUGCUGAAACAGAACAACAAUCAUCUAAACCCGGGAAGAAAGUACCAACUCAAAAGUUCAGAAAUGAAUGGUUGACUAUUGACGGCUUCGAAUGCUACGAACAGUACGAAAGAGAUGUCAACUUUGCAUGGUGCAAGCUGUGUCUCGACAAACUGAGUAUCAUCAAAGGAGGAAAAUCAAAUCUGGUUUCUCAUCUGGAGACCAAACGACACAAGGAAGCAGCAGCAAAAAUUGCGGAAUCAGCAGCGGUCCCGAAAAUAAACAAGUUGGUGACGAACAGCAGCAAAGUUACCGAGGCGGAACUGAAGAUCAGUGGAUGGGCUGUAGAAAACAACAUUUCUUUCGCUGCGGUUGACAAGUUAACAGGCUUACUGAAAACACUCGAUCCGGAUUCAAAGGUGUUUUCGAAGCUCACACUCGGCAGGACCAAAGCCACAGCUGUAGUGAAUGGGGUGAUUGCAGAGGUUCAACACGAGGAGCUGGUUGAAAUGAUGAAGAUAUCCAAAUUCUCUCUGAUCGUUGAUGAGUCAACCGAUAUUGGCGCGGUAAAAACACUUGCGAUGGUCAUCAGGAUGGUAGAAGACAAUGGCAACGAAGUGUUCAGGGUGAGAGAUUAUUUCCACAAAGCGGUAGAACUUCAUCUAGCCAACAGCCAAACAAUUUACAACGCCAUCGUCCAACAGCUCCAUGAAGAUGGAAUCGAUUAUAAGAAACAUCUCGUCGGUUUCGGUUCGGAUGGUGCAUCAGUUAUGAUGGGGUCGGAGAAGUCUGUCAUGCGACUACUGAAAAACGACUGUCCUGCUUUGAUUGUAAUCAAAUGUUCCUGCCAUUCUUUGGCUCUCUGUGCAAGUUACGCAUGUGAAAAGCUGCCGUCGUAUUUGGAGCAGCUGUUGCGCGAUAUCUAUAGCUACUUGUCAUGCAGCCCAAAACGUUCCAAGGAGUAUGCCAUGAUUCAAAGCAUCCUGGAGGUCAAGCCGCUGAAACAAUUGCAUCCGUCAGCCACCAGAUGGCUAUCACUUGAAUCAGUAGUAAAAAGGAAUAUUGAUCGUUUUUCGGAGCUAAUCAUGUUCUUUACAUUCCAAUCAAACUGCGACAAUAAUUCAACUGCCCAGCGCAUCCUUCAUCACCUCAACGAUCCUAUGACAAAGCCAUUACUCCAUUUUUUGCAGUAUGUCCUACCGCUUGUUAACAAAGUCAAUCGUAUCUUCCAAUCAGAAAACCCUGAGUUUACGAACAUGUACAGUGAAAUCAAAUCACUUUUGCUGAUUCUUCUUUCCAACAUCUGUGAGGAUGACUUUCUUAAAAAAUAUCAAAGACAGCGGUUUUCCAAACUUUGA